GUAUUUUGUAGCAAAGUGGAAGUUAGCAGUAUCAAACUAAGUGAGACUCCCCGGUGCUGAGGUACUGUUCCGAUACCAUUGAACUUCUCUCAGAUGCCUUGACAGGUCCUGCAAAAUGGAUAAUCCAGAAAGACUGGAAUCAAGGAUGCCAGAAAAUCGGUGGUGGACCUGUAUAAGGAAAACAACACACACUAAAUACUUUUACCUGUUGCACAUAUGCCACCUACUGGCUUUGAAUGGAUCAUUGAGUGUUCUGCUAAUGUGUAUUAAUGAUGCCUCCUGGAGAAAGUAACAUACUUAUAAAAUAUGUUUAUACUUUCACUGUUGUGCCCAUAGUCAUGCAUUUUCAACUUCUGACAUUGAUGCAAGGACACUUUGUUACCUGUGUAUUUUAGAACAUACAUCCAUAUUGAUUCUUUCCUGUUGCAAUAUUGAAUCCAUUUGGAUAAAAUAUUUGUGGCUGUAAUCAAAAUUUAAAGUCAGGCCAUAAAUAUAUAUUUGGGUUUGUUAGAGCUUUCUAAAGGCAAUAAAUUACAGAUGCUGGAAAUCUGAAAUAAAAAUAGAAAAUUAUGGAAAUACUCAGCAGGUCGGGCAGCAAUUGUUGAGAGGGAGAAACAAGAAUUAAUCAAACGAAAUGUCAUCAGCCUGAAAUGUUAACUCUGCUUUUCUGUCCACACAACCUUCAUAACCUGAGUAUUUCCAGCAUUUUUGUUUUUUUCUUUUACAGAUAAUGCCUUAGUUUGAAUCCAUUAGGUUGUUUAUAUUGAAAUAGCAUAAUUUAACCAUAUUGAUCUACAUUUGUUGAGUGGUUGGGGUAAGAGUAACUUUCACUUUUUAUAUACUUGCUAUAUUUCUUUAAUUAUUUAAUAGUUUAAUCUUAAAACUCAAACAUCUCCCUCUUUAUUUGUCAAUCUUUAUCGGUUUCUGAAAAAUGUUCCAAUCCUCUGGCUGACCAUUAAUCUUUGCAACAUAGAACAGUACAGCAACCGAACAGCCACAUGAUCUAUAUCCUUCCAUUCCCUGCAUUUGCAUGUGCCUAUCUAAAGCAGUAUAUACAUUUUCUUUCCAUCUUGCAUUUUCCUUAGUUAGCCACGGAUGGUGCAUCCUUCUUGCAGAGACUUUCUUUGAUCACUGGAGCGCACUUGGUUGAAUAUAUGAAAUGUGUCCUUGGAUGUGUGCUAUUGUUGAUUUAUUGUCAUGCCCUUUAAUCGAUUUUUGCAGUCCUCUUUAGCAAACUGAAUCCCACUACACACAUUUCUACCGCAUCCUUCCAGGCACGGAAUUCCAGUGUCCACUACUCGAGUGGUCAUGUAUUGUAAUCACUAAGCUGUGAGCCAGAGAAUAUCUAAAUAUCACCUUGAUGUCUUGAUCUUACUUCUGUCAAUUUGGAGUCAGGUUCCACUCAUUAUCCACUUGUCGUUAGAUAAUAAUCUUCUUGUGCUCCCAAGAUCUACAAUCAGCAGCAUCUUGAACUCCAGGUUAGAUGGGCAGAUGGGUCAUCAGAAUACACAGGGACUGUCCCAGUUUGGAACUUGAGGCUCUUUCCAGCUCUGGCUGGGGCUCUCUGCAUCUCGCUGGCAUACCAGAUUAUCGUAGAACUCAAGUAUUCUCACACCUCUGCUCUUGUUGCUGCCCUCCUUAUCAUGUUUGAAAACUCCUUAAUAACCCAGUCACGGUUUAUGCUUCUGGAACCCAUUCUCAUUUUCUUUGCACUGCUGGCGGUCUUGUCUUAUCUGAAAUUCUACAAUAUACAGAAAAACAGCUCAUUUUCAGUGAAGUGGUGGUCUUGGCUUUUCCUAACUGGAACAGCAUGUGCAUUUGCUAUUGGGGUAAAAUACAUGGGCUUAUUCACAUACUUGCUUCUGUUGGCUAUUGCUGGAGUACAUACAUGGAAGCUAAUUGGGGAUACAACAUUAUCAAAUGUCACAGUGUUUUAUCACAUCGUGGCCCGUGUAUGUGCACUUCUAGUCCUCCCAAUAAUCUUGUAUCUGGGCUGCUUCUACAUCCACCUGACUUUGUUGUACCGCUCUGGGCCACAUGAUCAAAUAAUGACCAGCAUGUUCCAAGCAAGUCUGGAGGGGGGACUGGCAAGGAUCACACAGGGACAACCUCUUGAAAUAGCCUAUGGUUCCCAGAUUACGCUGAGGAAUACAUGGAGCAAACCUGUUCCUUGCUGGCUCCAUUCACACAAGAACAUGUACCCUAUCAGGUAUGAUGGUGACAGAGGCAGCUCCCAUCAGCAACAAGUAACAUGCUAUCCUUUUAAAGAUGUGAACAAUUGGUGGAUUAUAAAGGAUCCUGGCAAACAGGAGCUGGUUGUCAGCAAUCCACCUCGCUCAGUUCGCCAUGGUGAUAUUGUGCAAUUGGUCCAUGGGAUGACAGCUCGUUAUCUUAACACGCAUGAUGUUGCAGCGCCUAUGAGUCCUCAGUGGCAGGAGAUUUCUUGUUAUGUUGAUUACAACAUUUCAAUGCCAGCACAGAACCUGUGGAAAGUGGAGAUUGUCAAUCGAGAAACUGAGAAUGAAAUAUGGAAAACUAUAUUAUCAGAAGUAAAGCUUUUGCAUGUAAACACCUCUGCAGUAUUAAAGUUAAGUGGUACUGCUUUGCCUGAUUGGGGCUACCGCCAACUGGAGACUGUUGGAGACAAAAGUUCGAAGGUUUAUCAUCAGAACAUGGCAUGGAAUGUUGAAGAACACCGGUAUGGAAAAAGUGAAGAACAGAAGGAGAGAGAGUUGGAGUUUCAAACGCCAGUACAGAUGGAUGUCAGCCAGAACAUGAGCUUCAUGGCCAAAUUCCUGGAAUUGCAACUGAAGAUGUUGACGUUGAAGAAUGAAGAGACUGAACACAAGUACAGCUCUUCCCCUCUAGACUGGAUAAACAUGGACACCAAUAUUGCUUAUUGGCUUCACCCCAGCACCAAUGCCCAGGUCCAGUUGGUUGGAAAUAUUUCAACAUGGUCAACAGCAACGGUUGGAAUUCUUGUUUACACAGUACUCUUCCUCUGGCAUCUACUGAGACAGCGUAGGGGAAUCUGCACUAUCCCCAAAGAUUCCUGGGAGCACUUAAUUCUGGCUGGAGCUAUCUGCAUUGGAGGAUGGGCUGUUAAUUAUCUCCCUUUCUUCUUCAUGGAGAAAACCCUCUUUUUAUAUCACUACCUGCCCGGUCUCACAUUCAAAAUCCUCCUCCUACCCAUCAUUCUUGAGCACAUUCACAAUCACGUGCUCAGGUCUUCUGUCUCCAGAAAUACAUUCAGUGCUGUGGUCUUAGCUUGGAUCUCCUCCGUCUACUUUGUGUAUCAGACAUUCAGUCCUUUCACCUACGGGUAUCCAGCUCUCUCAGCAUCACAGUUAACUGCAUUGCGCUGGAAAGACAGCUGGGACAUUCUUAUACGUAAACGGUAGCAAACAAUCAAUGGAUGAUAUCGUGAGACAAACAAAACACAGGCUGCAAGAUAAGAGUCAAUUUCUACUUUAAAGCACAAGCACUUUAAAGUACUACAGUCUACAGCUACUGACAAUAAUUUUGUCAAUGGUCAAAAAAGGUGAAGAAUAAAUUUAUUGAUGAUCAAUAGUUAUGUGCUUGUAGUGAAAUAAAGUUCUGACAAUGUAGCAUCAUCUCAAUAUCAGUUGAUGUAUUGAGAGCUGUACAGUGCAUCAAAUGUGGUACCAUCCAUGUGCCUCUGAUGCUGGGCAUAAAGGAAAAAGCUGACACGCCCUGUUUGUUUAAAGUUUACAAUUGGGAGCAAUUAGCAUGACCCAGUAGUUAUAACGCUCUGGUUUGAGUGUUGUGGUUAAGUAUUAUGGCUAUUUACACCUUAACAAUUAUGAUAUAUUUUGGAAGUUCACGGUUGUUGCGCCAGGUUUAGUGCCUUAUGACAGCAGAGCUUUCUGUUCAGUGAAAGAAAAUAAAAGCUGCUAUUGCCAGCUUUGCUGAAAUGUAAAGUGGCAACUUUUUGCCUAAUUGUGAAAUGGCAUCCGGAGCUUGAAGAUGUUCACUAGGAGUGAAACAGAAAGCCAGGAGUUUAAAUUUGUCCAAAGGAAAAUUUGUUCCACUUUUCUAUAAUUAAUUGACAAAAUGUUGUAUAUUUUUUUUAACUAAUAAACCUCCGAUGCAACUAAUACCAUAAUUUCAAACCAUCCCUAACUUUGUUCCAAAUAGAGGUUUACAUGGAUGGCUUUAAAAUCAGGAUUACAAGUUGCAUACAUUAUUCAUUAUUGCAGUUACUAAUGUUUGUAUGCAUGUAGAUUGUUCGUUGUAUCAUGAUGACAUCCAUUAAAGUCCUGUUCUUUGAGUUUUCAGUUGAUAGAACUUCAGUCAAUUUAACUGAAACUCAAAAAUA